GGCCGCGAAAGAGUUCUUGUAUCGCCGUUUCGUGACAUGAGAUUGUCUUGCGAUGUUCACGUCGUCUAUUCACUCCUUACAUCGCCGGCCACCGCCAAGCCCGUAAAAGCGACGCUAGCGUUGGGAAUAAAGCCGCGCGUGAAGACGUUGCUGACGACGACGACGAAAACGUUGGGCGAUGUAACUUUGCUGCUGUGCACUGGCAAGCAGACUAAAAAGUAUGAGGUUAGAAAUAACGUGUUGAAGGUAUUCAAGAAGUACGUUGGUCACGGUAAGGCGACGCUAGUACUUCGGAAUCCUUCCCACCAACUCUACAUCAGCAAGGCUGAUCCUGUUCAUUUGGAAAAAUUUCUCAAACUCGUGGUUUUACACAUGAAACCUUCUCAGGAUCAAAUUCCUGUUCACCUGCCAGAACUUCCCAACGCAAGAGAUUUACUUCAUUUAGAUGAACGACCCAAGUUGAAGUUGACGAUCACCCAACGGCAGAACUACCCUUUAAGAGAUGGCUUUCCUUCUACAGUAGAGACACUGGUGAUACAAAACUGUAUGUUGGCUAAAGUGGACAGUAGAAUCAUAGAAUUGGUUCACCUUCGUAUCUUGGAUCUGACUCAUAACAAAAUCAGAGAACUGCCGAGCUCACUGGCAAACUUAGACAAACUUGCCGAACUACGACUAGCUGAAAAUCGUUUGUCUUCCUUUCCAUCAUCUAUAUGUCAGACUUCAUUGUCAUGUUCUCUCAAGACCCUAGACUUGUCAGAUAACCAAUUGGUUUCGUUACCUGCUCAAUUUGGGGAAAUGGUCGGUCUUGUUAGCCUUAACUUGGCUAAUAAUCAACUACACACCUUGCCAUAUACAUUCCAUCGUCUCAAAGCAUUACAGAAGCUCUUACUACUUAACAACAAGCUUCGUUGUUUACCUUGUAAUAUGCACUAUUUGCACCUUGACACCCUAGACGUAUCUGGGAAUGAGUUUGCUAAUGAGAAAUCAGUUUGUAUCAUGCAGUCAAGACUGGGAGUACUGUCACUGAUGGAAUUAUGCGGCCGUGUCAUGAACUGUUACCGAAUUCAGUACAAUAGCUCAUGUCUGCCAUUGCACUUGUGUUCCUUCUUGGAUGCCUGUCGGACUUGUAUGUGUGGCAAGCCCUGCUUUGUCAGCUUUGAGCACUGUCUGGGACCGGUGGACUCUCGACGCAUGGCAAGAACUGUUAUUACUGACAGCAGUCGCGACAUACCAAUGGAAGCCUUUCUAUGUAGUAUUGAAUGCAAGAAACGUUUUACUGGUAAAGGGCAACUCGUGCUGUAGAGUGCUGAUAUUGCAUAAUAAGUUAAUGCCAAACUAGUUUAUUGGGCAACUGAAAUAGAGAUGCUGCAAUGGUGGAUCAAUAUUUACGAGUAAUACAGUGAAUUUGCUGUUAUCCCUUCCUAAAUCCAUACUUU